GUGAUAAUGAAUUGUACACAUGACAAAAAAUAUGCAUGCGGCAGGUAAUAUUUCAUUUUGGAGCACAUGCACACGUUACUGGACACUGGUCCAUCCAGAGCCGUCUGAGUCUACUUCAGCAGUGUAGUUGUGGACUUCAGACUUAACUGACACACCAGCAUCCGGCAGCAAACGGCCUCUUCUCAUCUUCCUCUUCGUUUCAUUUGAAUAAAGCUGCAUUUUAAGGUGGCCUUUUAUGGUCACGGAUCAGAAGAGCAGUUGUGUACUGGUCACUAUCUGAUCAUUGUCCUUUAAAGCCAAACGGGGAUUAACGUAGUGAUCAAGAAUGUGUCACCAGUUCUGUGUACCACUGACUAAACUGAACCAACAACGCCUGUUUUUCUGGAAAACGACCAUUUGCAUACGGUGUUUAUGUUUUGGUUCAGCGUAAGCUUGUCAGUCCUGAACUUCCAUUCUUUCUUCUUGUGUUUCCUGUUUCCAUUCAAGCAAUUGUUGAACCAGGACAUUAUGUAUAAUUAGAUCCUUCUACACACGGCGGCAUUCAAUGAAGACCAGAAUUUGAAAAGGUCAUUCACAUCCAGUUGGACAUUAAAACAACAAUUCGUGCUCGUCCACACAAUAAAAGAAACUUCACUCACCCACAACACGACCCUCCACAUAGAGAAUGAAUUGGAAAACGCUCUCUGGUGUGACAGGACAUUACAUUCCCUGUACUGUGGAGGCAUAUAUGUGCCCCCUAGUUUCACAUUACUACCCAACAAGCAGCUUCAAACUUCAAGUCUUUUUGUUCUUCUCAUUGUGUCACACACAGAUGCUUCCUUAAAAAUCCAAAGCUGUCAACUUUACUUCUUGAACAAUGUAGAUGUUCCUCACCGCAGACAGCUUCCUGGUUUCUGCUCUAAUGCUGACUGCUAUCAAAGGUUAAGGCAGACAUUUAUUAGGGAACAAAAUCCCCUUGGUGACCACACACACACACAUAUAAUAUAGUGGAUCAUCAUCCUGCUCGGCUCACAGGAAAAGCUGCACAAUCUUUUUUUUUUUUUUUUUUAAACUUUCUAUAUAUAGAAAAUACUCAAGAUUACAACACGGUACUUUCCGUGACACAACAGUCAUGACUGUACACAUAAACCCAUUUUACAGCCAAAACAGCGUCCGUGAACAUCCACAAAAGUGCUUCAGUUAAAGCAGUUUAUGUGUGGGAGUGAUGUCCACCAGCAGAAUCAGUGAUGAUAAAAUGCCUUUUGUGCAGUUAUUUGCAGAUGAUGCAAUGUUAAGAAACUAAAGAGGCAUUUGUGUGUUAAACAGUUAGAGGACACGGCCAGGCCAACCUGAAGGCCUCCUCUCUGCAGCUGUUUACACGGCGGCGUCUGGAGGGUGGAAGAUGUGAUGCAAGGGGUUUGCUGAAAGUGCGGUCACUGAAAUCUGUUUUUGUGUCAGUGGCAGGGGAGUAGAAAAGAGAAGUGAUUUUUCUGACAGCGGCACCUACGACAAAUUCCCUCCCCUCUGUGACAAGAGACGUGACUUUUCAAGCACAGCGUUCAUUUACUAUUCUGCGAACAAUGUGGCAGCACAGACGUAAUGCGUGAGAGGAAUGAGGCCUAAAAAGUUAACUGUCGGAUUAAACAUGAAUAUGGAAACGUUGGGUAAACUCGCCUCUCCUGCCACGGCAAAGAUCCGGCAGCUUCAGAAGAUUGUCCAAGACAUCAAGAAAAACGACGGCAGCCUGCUCAACAAACUGAGAAGACUGAAAAGCAAACCGAUUCCAAACGUGCCGGCGAGAGACUACAGAGAUGAUAACAGGGACGCCGACGAGCAGUCUGAUCCCGAUUACGACAAUGACAUGUACGAGGAUCCGCGUGAGGACGACAGCUACGAGCCUCCGCCCAGCCACAGAGUCUUCACCACAGUUCCCUCUGCUUCCUUCCCAAGGGGGGAGUAUCUCGACAGCUGCCGUAACCGGCCCAGCAGGCCGCCCAAGAAGCCCCUCCGCCCGGGCAAAGCCUCCAAACAGCUGCCCCCUGAACCCAGCCAGGACGAGAGCGAUGAAGAAGACUACAUAAAUCCAGACGCCGGUUACGAUGACGACAACUAUGUGGAACCUGCGGAGAAUCCACUUGCCAAUAAAAUGUUGCAUGGUGGGAACAGAGCUGGAAGAGACCACCCCAUGCUGCCUACACAUUUACCAGAGUGUCCUCCCAGUCCUGAUUUUUAUGAAGUCCCUGACAAAGAGGAGAAUUCUUCAACUUCUUCAACAAGCAGAUUGUGUCCAAUCCCAGGAAUACAAUCACAUUCUUUACCACCAAUACCCAGCCCCAGGGGGAACAUGAGGAGAUCUCCUCAACCUGUUCAGGAGCCCACAGGUGACGAUGAAUAUGAAGUCUGUGAUCCAGAUGAGAGCUCCAGUGAUAAGCCUGCAGAGGGUCCUCCUCCACGUCUAACCAACCUCUUACCCAGAGAGAGGUCACCAAAACCACCUCUACGACCGAGGCCAGAUUUAAAACCAAGGGAAUUUGAAAGCAGAUCACUACCUGUGCCGCGUACUGACCAGAAACCUCCCCCGAAAGCUUUUUCACUGGACUUGAAACGACCAAAAAUUCCUCUUCCACAGUUCCCAAAACCAGCUGACAGAGGAAGUGUUUCUACUGAGAAUGGGUCGAUAGACCAACCCAAGGACGCAGACGUUUAUAUGAAACCCUGGUACGGCGCCGCAUGUGACCGAAAGACUGCGUAUGAAGUCUUGUUUCGCGAAAAUAAAGAUGGAGCCUUCAUGGUGAGGAACAGCUCCGGGCAGGACGCACAGCAGCCCUACACAUUAGUGGUGUUUUAUAAGGGCAGAGUGUACAACAUCCCGAUCCGCUUUAUACCCAGCACUCAGCAGUACGCUCUGGGGAGCGAGAAGAAAGGAGAGGAGUAUUUCAGCAGCAUCUCCCACAUCAUUGAGAACCACCAGCGGACUCCUCUGGUGCUGAUCGACAGUCAGAGCAACUCCAAGGACACCACCAAGCUGUGCCACCCUGUCAAGCCCUAGAUGACCCUCACCGAUUGCAGACAGUCCAGUGAUUGGAGCCGUACAUCCCAAUCCGCUGCGUUUACUGUCAGAUUGCUUCUUACAGAAGUCACUGGGGCUGCUGCUCUGUCGCGUACUGUCUCAUUUACUCAGCUUAGAAUGAGUUGAGCUCAGCCUGAAGUUGCAGGAGUUCAAAACACACUCUGAAUGCUAAUCUAGAGCUGACAGCUGUGUCGGAACGAGCUGAGGAGUUGUCCAACGCAGGUGUGUAAGAGAACAUCAUCAGGGUGGGAACAGGGGGCAGGGCUGAGGACUUCCCAGCAUGCACUGGGGCAGAGAAAUUAUCAGGCUGUGUCCGAAAUCAUCCGCUAUAUGUCAGCUCAUCA